UCGUUAAUAAAACUGUACUUUUGCUCGCUUUAUCAACUUAGAUGUUGUAUACUACUGAUGGAGCGAAUGGAUGGUGAACUACUGGAAUGUAGGGAUGUCAGGCUUUUUGCGGAAUAUAAACAGACAAUGGGAUACUUCAACAUUUAUCUUUCAUCUCACAGAUUUUCUGAAAAAUAUCCCUGCGAAAGUGAAAUUAAUGUAGAAGACAAUGUUAUAUCUGUAUCAGAUUCUGAAUCAUGUGUUACGUUCAAAUUCAAUGGUUUAAAGUUUGAAUCAUCAACAUGCAGAAACUUAAUGUAUGAGAAAAAAGGAGAAAUUUCAUGUACAUUGCAAGUUGAAAAACCCACCAGCGAGUUAUUGACCGUGAAACAGAGAAAUAACGCCUUACAAGAACAGUUUGUCCGAGAAAUCAAAGCUAGUCAGAAUAGAUGUUAUUGCAAAUUAUGUGGACAGAAGAUUCUGAAAGAUUCUUGCCACUUUUUACGUGUCUUGCCACUACCCUCUGAAAACUGGUCAGACUUUUCCGACAUGUGGUUUUGUCAUAAUCAUUCCCAUUCUUCAACUCCCACCGACCAGGCUACUCUCACUGAACAGGCUGGUGAACAAAAUGAUAUCUCAGAUAUUAAACUGAGACCCAAGUUAAAGGACUGCUUUGUAGCAGAGACUUACUUCAUGAUCUUGUCGGAUCAAAUACUGGAAGGAAAUGUGAAAAUUACCCAAGAUGCCUUCAUCCAUUGUAAUCGAUGUAGGAAUCUUCUUGGUGAAGUUAAUAGAGAAGAAAAUGGCAUGUCGGGUAGAGGAAAGGUAUUGAAAUUCCUUAAGAGUUCCCUGCACUUUGUUACUGAGGAUAACCCAAUGAUAAAUGAAAAGGAGGUUAUACAACAUGGAGACCGAGAAGUGGAAGGUAUGUUUGCAAAUCUUCUUAUGGAAAAUAGCCGACUUUAUACAAGCUUCAGACUUUACCUUACCUCAUCAACUGUUGGGAAAGAGUUUGACUGUUUGAUUUGGAUAAUAGACCCCAAGCUGAUGAUAUUUUAUGGAAGCUCUCAUUCCACAACUGAAGAAAACCUCAUUCCAGUCGAAGUUGUAAAAGUUUUAUUCAGAGCUCUUUUGACACCUGGAAACAACAGGGAAGAGGAGCGAACUUCCUGGAAGAAAGAUAACUCUGUUCACAUGAUAUCACUCCCCUACGCAAGCUGCCUCACUCUCUUAAAGAUACUGAUUGAUAAUGCAAAGAGCUUACCUUUAAAAUGCAGAAAACACGACAAAUUUAACGUGGGAUUUUUGAGCUAUCAACAGAAAUAGAAACAGCUGUAAAAAGUGGAAAAUGUUGAUUAUGUCCAGUACGCAGUACUCUGUUUACAAUGUAUUCUUAUCUUGCUCUCAAUGCUUAGUGAAAAAAGAAUUGUCAAAUUUAUUCAUUCAAUAAAUAUCGAUAUUAUUGUGGUGAACUAUUUCAUGUUUUGUUUUAUAAAAUUUCAAAAUACGUAAGUUUUAAUUUAAAAAAACGGCAGUUUAUCUUGUUUGGGUAUUAUUUUGUUUCCGUUUAUGGUAGGUGUCGAAGUGGCAAACUGCAUUACUAAGUAUGUUCAUUCAAGUUUCUUCAUACAUUUUUUUUUUAUUACAAAAGAUGAUUUUGUUUAAUUUGCACUUUUCAGAGUAAAAAUAUCUAACAAAAAUAUUUUAAAACACUCUAUCGAAAGUAAAUAAUGUGAUGAUUCUAAAUUUAUAACGCGAAAAAAGUUAUGGACGUUUCCAUCAGAAAGUUUGCUUUUUGAAAACAAAAACAAACAGCUAGUCUGUUAUCAAUUUUCUCUCGUUUUCAUUCCUAUCCAAUAUUUUUUUCAGUCUCUUCUUCAUAUAAAUUUCCUAAUUUUUCCAGCUAU